AUUAUUUCUUGCACAGCCCGGUACCAAUUGGUCCCCGGAUCGGUUGGGGACUACUGUUUUAUAGGACUUGGAAGAAAAUGUUCCAAAAGAUGAAAGAUUUGCAAAAAAUAUUCUGAAUGAUCAGGUUUAACUGUUGGGCAUAACAGUGCACAAAGUGCGUAUAAGGAAAUAUUUCCCGGAGCCUGGCCUGCAAACCGGAGGAUGCGCCACUCAUCACCUCAGCUCCAUCGUUAAGUGUGGGCAUUUAGUUUGUUUUCUAGUUUAAACGGCUGGAGCUUUUCUUUCAGAAGCUUUUCAAACCCCUCUGCAGACCUAUCUUCAAGCAGGAAAGCCUAAGAAUCUCUCCACUGUGGUGCAUACAGUUUUGUACCUGAACACAAUCACACAUUGGUUCACAGGCCACAUCUGUAGUUUCGUCUGCUUGAACAGCAACAAAUGGCGCUUCUAAAAUUUCAUCCUUGAUUGAACCUCUAUAAUGCAAUCAAGGAGCUCAUUCUGGCUGGUUUUGGAGGUGUAUUUAGCUAUCUACAUGUACAGACAGGUGAUCUGCCAGCUCACUGUCUAAAAAUAAAAUUGAUUAACUAGAUCCGGAAAAACACCCCGAUUCAGGGAGGACGAAGAUUCUUCAGACCCCCGUAGUGGUGGUGUAUAGUGUGCCCCACAAAAUUUUAUGCAAUCCACAAUCCGUGAUAAUGCGUGUUUUGUUUUUUUUGCACCAGCUUAUUGUGCCUCUGUAUAGCAAUGCGGUGGCCCUCAUCCAGCUGACAGGUGAUGUUAACCCAGCCAAUUUCAAACUGUCUCCAAUGUGGCUUGUGCUGGAGUCAUGGGGGUGGGGGUGGGGGGGGGGCAAUUUUUUGAGACAGAUGUUUCAGAUCAACAAUUCCUUGUUGGGUCCAAACUGUGUCUCCUCAAAGAGCAAACAUGGAAAGCAGAAAAGAGAUUUAUUAGCUACACUUGCCAUUAGCCACUCCUUUCGUUGGAACCAAGUCACCGAGAAACUGCAGUUUUGCUGUUUUUCUUUUUGCUGGAUUUGAAUAUCCUCAGGUUUGUCCCCAACCUCUUCACCUGAAGUUUUUCCCUCAAAAGACAUUAAGGAAAAUGGAUUAUUAAUUAAAUAAUCCACCUCGUUUAUGCUAAUAUUGCUCCCCAUCGCACCUGCUCAGUUUACGCUAAACCACACACACUCGCACUCGAGACAAGUCCAUCCUGAUUGGAUAAAUCCUGUGGCUGUGGGCUGGCCCUGGGUUUACCAAAAUUAGCCCAAAUGAGCUGCAGACCAAGGGGGCGUGGCUAGACGCAUGUCAGUCAUUCUGAAGCGUGACAGACAGUAACUCUGAAGGGGGCUGUCAGAAGUUAGCUCUUCUGAAAGACCCUGGGAUUUUCCUCAGGCGGUUUGACACCAGCUGCUGGGCAUGACCCUAGUAGGGAUUGGACUGUGGGCAUGGAGUGAGAAGGGGGUCCUGUCCAACAUCUCGUCCAUCACCGACCUGGGGGGUCUUGACCCUGUGUGGCUCUUCAUGGUAGUUGGAGGGGUUAUGUUCAUUCUGGGCUUUGCCGGCUGCAUUGGAGCUCUUCGGGAAAAUACAUUUUUGCUUAAGUUUUUCUCCGUGUUUCUGGGAAUCAUCUUUUUCCUGGAGUUGACAACAGGAGUUCUGGCCUUUGUUUUUAAGGACUGGAUUAAGGACCAACUCAACCUAUUCAUCAACAACAACAUCCGGGCAUAUAGGGACGACAUCGACCUACAGAACCUCAUUGAUUUCACUCAGGAAUAUUGGGAGUGCUGUGGCGCAUUCGGAGCAGACGACUGGAACCUGAACAUUUACUUUAAUUGCACUGAUGGAAAUCCCAGUCGGGAAAAAUGUGGGGUUCCCUUCUCCUGCUGCACCAAGGACCCUGCGGAGGAUGUGAUAAACACUCAGUGUGGCUAUGACAUCAGAGCAAAACCAGACUCGGAGCAGAAGGACUACAUCAAUGUGAAAGGCUGCGUUCCUCAGUUUGAGAGGUGGCUCCAGGAUAACCUCACCUUGGUGGCUGGGAUCUUCAUUGGAGUGGCACUAUUGCAGAUUUUUGGGAUUUGUUUGGCCCAGAACUUAGUGAGUGACAUCGAGGCAGUGAGGGCAAGCUGCUUCUUUACCUAAUGCUGGCGGAACUCUUCUCUAACAGCUUGAAUAUGAAACGUACCCCCGGCCACCAGUACUGUCAGCGAGCGCCGCCGGACAACACCCUGAUCAUCUCCUCCAUCUCCUACACUCUACCAGCACUUUUUUUAAAGGCACUAAAUAUGUGAACGGUUUUGUAUACAACUACUGUGUGACUACUGAACAAGGACAAGAUGAAGACUUUUCAUAGAUGCACUUAGCAGGUUCCAUCACAUCCUACUGAAACAAACUCAGCAUUUUUCACUGGAGAAGUGUUGGCCGACAUAGAAGGCCAAGAUAAAGACUAAAUAAGCAUCUGAGAAGACUGUUUAAGUACCACCAUGUGUACUGAAUAGAGGAAGAGAACAGCUAUCCUUACUGUAUCCAGAGUGUUUUUUUAUUUGUUAAGUCAAACUGGGUGGAUAUAUUUCAGGUUUGUCCUUGAACACAGAAAUGACAUCGUUUUGUUGCUCUAUUAAUGCCGCUGAUAGAAUACAGUCACUGACCAAAACAAUUUAAUAAUCAAGUUAAAUCCCCCUGGGAUAUGAAUAAAAACUGACCCGAACUCAACUGAAAUUCCAGAAGGAAUGUAAUAUUGUCCACAUGCAGACCAGUGACAGAUGUGUAAAUGGCUUGAUUUGCAAGACACUUGCAUGUUUAGGACAAGGUAGAGUGAGCAGAAGUAUUAGAAGUAGUUGCUGGAAGAUCCCACAGUUAAAACGGCAAGUGAAUGUUAAGGUUUAAAACAUGGAAACAGACAGCAGCCUCACAGUUUAAUUCAGGUUGCAUUAUCUAGUCUGCAAAGGAUCACAGAGAAAUUACUCACCAUGGUGAACACAGUAAUGUAUUUUCCACCACUUUAAGAUCAUCUCUAUUCAGGGCCUUUUCUAUUAUACAGAUAUCUCUCAUGAAGCCUCUAAAUCUGCAUUGUCCCAGAGGUCUGAUGGUAUCAGCCACCGCUGCCCUGAGGCUGAUACCAUGAUACCAUUGGCCCUCUGACCACCACCAGCAGGCAAGGUGUUGCCCAAGAACACAAUGAAUAAGACACAUGGAGCAGGGGUUCAAACUGGCCACCCACCAGUAACAGGAUGAAUCCCAUGUACUCUGCAAUUGUUUUGUAGUUUUACUCAGAUCUUCACCAUAGCAUCAGACUAUAGGUCCCAGAGCAGGCCCAGCAUUAAUCCUUCUGCGGUCUUAAGAGACGGGGUCACUUAGACCCUACAGGCUUCAGCCUGUGCACAGUCCAGCAGGGUUGGACUGUGCAUUUUCACUAGGUUUUUUUUUUGGUCAGGUUUCGGAAACUGACGGGCUGAUGCAGCCCCCCACUUUACUGCUGUCUGAUGUGACAUCUGCUGCGCUCCUCCUAAUCCUCAUGCUAAGACCGCGAAAGGGCUAAAGUGAGGAUGUUAGAUGUCAGCAUCACAAUACUGCUGUACUUAGAGAUGUUGCCAUGGAAAUGGUCACAAACCACAAUACAAUAGUGGCUGAUUUGCAGUUGUAAAUGAUCCAACCUGUUAUACAGAGGAGGAAAAUUAUCAGGAGUAUGCAGUGGUGUUGUUGCUGCUACCCAUCUUCUAUCGCCAAGCAACCACAGGCUGUGCAUCCUUUACUUGCUUAGCUGGUUUAUCAAAACCCACGUUGUCUUUGUGGAUUGUAAACAUUUAAACACAGAGGCGCUCCUGUACAUACCUGGUGUCUGCUAUAGGUGAUAUACAUAUCACUGGUCUGCAUGUGCACUAAAUGACAUUCCCAAACAGACCAAGGACCUCAUGUACAAAUGCAAUAAAAACUUCCACACACAAUUUUCCACAAGAAAGUUCAGUUCUAUCAAUUAGAACUGAACUUGCAGCUAUUGAUGUUUUUGAGAUGCCUAGAAAUUACGCUGCAAAAAUAUCAGACGCAAUCCAUCCAUUUUGUCUCAAUACACCCACUUGUCUGUGUAAACCCAGACAAGUGGGUGGUACCCGUCUCCACCGGCCAUUGGGUGAAAGAUGGGGUAUAUCCUGGACAGUUUGUCAAUCCAUCACAAGGCAACACAGAAACACAACCACACACACUUUUGUUUGUAAGGAUAAUUUAGACAAAACACUUUAUGUUCCACCUAAUGUUCAUGGAACUUUGGACGAUCUUGAAAGCCACAGUACCUCGAGACAAGCCAUGUAAGCACAGGGAAAAGUUGCAAACUUUUAACUUUUGAUCUAGGACCUUCUUGCUGCAUGUGGCCGUUCUGGCACACAUCCUACACACGAAGAAAUGUAUCCGUGAUACCAGUCUGAGGCACAAAUGCGUUCCAUCAACAUUGUGCUGCAGUGGUUUGAAGUGAUUCAUUCAUUCUGAUGAACAGCUUGAUUUGGAGUCUUGGUUGGUAAAUUUACUUGCCUGUCCCUCCAGAUCCCAACAUGGGAGUGCUCAGGCUUGAUGCACACUAAAUGAUGUGUGACUGUCAUCUUGUCUUUACAGCAUCUUUUAUUAUAAAGAGUAAAACUGAGCGACGACUCGUUUUUCCUGGCUAAGCUAGAGUUGCGUGUUUACAGAUGGAAUGUGAAUAAUCACGUAUAUAAAUAGGUUGAAAUACCACAACCUGAGUUCUCCCUCCUGUGAAGACAUAAUUUUAUGUUGUGCAUAUUUUCAGGGUUGAUUUAUACUGUACCUAUUAAUGUAAAUGGGGGCUUGUCCAGUUAGUGGUCUGGUACUCCCCUUCAUGUUCUUAAUUCCACAUUGAUUGGGAUGUAGAAAGGAAACGUGUGUCUGGUUUCAUUCGUCUAGAUUUAAGUGUACACCACGUUUCAGUUGGAAAUCCAAGCAAGCCUUUAUACAUGAGGCCCAGCUCCUCUGACGAUUAAAGAGCUUUUAUCAAUGAUGUAUACUGUUAGGUGUUACUACAUCAGACCCUCAGCACCAUGACUCAAACUACAGAGCCCUCUGGGCUUAGUAGUAGUUUUCCUUUUUAACUAAAUCGAUCGACAAAUAUCAGUAGGUAUCAGCCAUUUUAAGGCAGUUUUUCCUUCUUUUUCUUCCCACAGGGCAACACAGAAACACACAACCACACACACAUUCUACAUGCUAUAGAUUUAUAAUUGACUACGUGAACAAUUCUAAAUAAGUAUAAUAAGUAUGAAAUAUGAAAUAAUCAAUACACGCGGGUCACCAUAUGUUCUCUGCUGCUGUAGGACAAUUUGUUUUUACAGAAUAGACAUGCCUCCAGCAUGAUCAACAACCCAAACAGAUCUAUCCACAAGGAACCCAUCUAGUUAAUUUUAAAUAAACAGAAAAUGAAUAAAAACUAAUUCAAUAACAGCAGGCUUUAUUAGAAAAACCGCCUUCAACUGUUUAAAGAAGUUAAAAUUAAAAAACCCCAAGGGAGCAUAGUACACAUGAUCUGUUUCUUGACCAACUUUGGAUGCCUAAGGGUUCUGGAAAACCCCAUUUAUUAACCAUUUCUUAAAAAAUUUAUAUAAAAAUAUGUUGAAGUCAUCACUCAGAAUGUAUGUAGGUGUACAGCCCAUCCUGAAGAGAGCUAAUGUUUUUACUGAACAGCUUCAGUGAAGCUGAGAACGUUGGUGAUCAGACAAGUUGUUUUUAUAUAUCAGUGAAAUGAGGAUUUUCUGACUGUGUUCAGUGUUUUACAUGACAGCGUUUGUGCACUCAAAUUUUAAAAAGUGGUACAUUUAUCCCAUGAUUCUCUCUCACUUUGUGUAAUCUAACACAGAUCUCAUGUACACAAGACUGAAUGGAAUCUACUGAAAGAUGUUUCUGCGGAGGUUUUCUAUGUGUUUGAGAUGGAUUUCUGCUCUAAGCAUGGAUUUGUAGCAAACUAUAGUAUUUUUUCAAGCAUUGGUCUUUGUUGUAAAAUGUUAUAUUCAGAAAACGUACUACGCUACUGAUAGAGGAAUGAUGUUUUUGAUACAAAAUAUUGUACAUUUAAUGUGGUUUUCUAACAGUAUAAAACAUUUAGUAUCACUGAAGGGAAUCCGUCACUCUUGUGAAAAAGUGCUCACAAUAUCAACCACCUGCACUGUACAUCCCACCUCCAUUUGUCAUGUAACUACCUCCUCAUGUGCUGUUAACAUUGGAAUCAUUUUAUCCUCUAGUAAAAUGAGCUGACUGAGAAAUA